AUGUACACCUCAAUUAUUCGCACAGCCGGUCGAUGGACAAAUAACCACGUGUCAACGGCGAUGGAAACAUUGUGCGAUGGAUUGCGCAGUUACCGAAUAGAGUCGAAUUCAACAUACGACAUUAUUAAAACUGAAGAUAUCAACGAAAUAUUAGACACUUUAAUCAAGCAGGCUGAAAAUGGCAACCAGAACGGUGUGUACAUAGAUAAAGUGGAAAAGAAAACCAACGAUUCGUCAAAGAUAAUAUAUUUGAAGCCAAAUAAUUCUGUUGACUCUCGAUCACCAACGGAUAGCGAACUUAGUGAAGAGAUUAUAGUGGAAUUGAAAGAAUCUACCAGUGAAGAAACAAUAAAAAGGCAAGAUGGUGAUAAUAUUUCAAGUCCUUAUGUUCAAAAUCAGAGAGGUAAAAUUUUUAAUGAUAUGAAUGAUAAAGUCAUAAAUACGUAUUUUAGAGAGCCUCGAGAAGAGUCGAUAAUAGAAAAACAUGAUAAAAUAGGGAAAAUUCCUUCAGCAAAUAAUGAUGACGGAUCAAGUUUAGCGAUGAUUUUAAAGAAUUUAUUUGAAAAUAGGGAUUUAAGUAAAAGUUUGGAAGAUAAUGGCACGAAUGAUUUUAAAAAAGAUAAAAUUAUAAUUCGGGAGGACAUCCCAAACGAAGAUAACGUCAGCGUAAGAAUGGGUAUGAAAGAUAAUGAAUAUCCAUUACAAGAAAUACCGCGUAACGGUUACGAACUAGAUUAUCGAACUCCCUUUAGACAACUUCCCCUUACAGAUCAACUACAGAACUCGAUACCGCAACAUUUCUUAGCUCAAAUAUUGCAGAAUGAAGCAAAUAUGAAUAUGAAUUACUUGCCAAAUUUCUUGCCAACUUAUAAAAGUCCUGUCCCAAGUAUAACACGGACUGUGAUACAUCAAAGUGGAAUUGCAUAUCAACCUCACGGCUCAUAUCUUGGACAUCGGAUGUCAGGUAAAUAUAAAUAA